CAAGUCGAAAAGACAAUAAAAUCUUGAUCUUUAUCGGAAUUGGCAUCGCAAUACUCGUUGGCUUUAAAACCUACCAAAGCUUUUGGAACAAAGUAAGCAUCUGAUAAGUUUUUGUCACGUUUUUAUGGCAAUUUCAGUGCAUAUUCUGUACCUGUUGAGAUAGCAUUGUUCACAUUGAAAAUAUUUCACAUGGCUGACUCCAACAGUAAAGACGAAGCUCUUAUUUCGCUCAGUGGAAUUUUAAAUAUUGAUCGUGAGUUGGCGAGGUAUUAUUUAGAGAGGACUCGAUGGAGUUUGGAGGUUGCAAUUAAUGAAUAUUAUGCUGACACGGCGGAUACAACCGAAAAAAAGGCGACAUUGACCGAUAAGCCACCUCCUUAUGACCAGAAUAAAGAGGAAACAAGCAAUUCUAUUCACAGCCUAAGUACAUCAACUGGCACUCCAGAUGGCUCAAAUCUCAAACUCCUUUGCUGGAAUCUGGAUGGAUUGGACAGGAAAGACCUCGAAGAAAGAACAGCAGCCGUAGUUGAAAACAUCCUUUUAAAGAAACCAGAUGUUGUAAUGCUGCAAGAAGUUGUUGCGUACUCCCUGAAGGUUUUUCAAGAAAACUGUGAAGGGUACAUAGUGUUGCCAGGCAACUAUACAUUUCCUUAUUUCAAUGCUAUCUUGGUAAGAACAAGCACAGUUCUAACAAAAGCGUCUUCGCUCCAAUCUGUUGGAUUCGAAACCAGCAAAAUGGGCCGCUAUUACUUGAUUCAACCAAUCAAAUUCGCUGAGGCGAAAAUCAUUGUGAUGACGUCACAUUUCGAAAGCCUUUCUGAGCAUGGCGCCGAAAGAAAGAAGCAGUUCUCGGAAAUAUUGGACUACAUGAAACGGCAAAGCGAAAAUUUUAACGUGAUCUUUGGCGGAGAUACGAACCUUCGCGAUGCCGAACUCAACGCCGUGGGCGGUUUAUCCGGUGGGGUCCUCGACGCAUGGGAAAGUUGCGGUAGUGCGCUGACCAGCAAGUACACAUGGAACAUGGCGGAAAAUGAUAACAUGGAUAAGAAGUACCAGAAACCGCCAAAGCUUCGAUUUGACCGAAUUUUUGUUCGACCAGCCAAAGGGCCGAAAGCAAUCAAGCCUAUUUCGUUCACACUCGUUGGAAAAGAACGUUUAAAAGGUUGUAAGAGAUUUGCCAGUGAUCAUUGGGGGGUAUGGUUAGAGUUUGGUAUUCAUUAGAUGGAUAUAUUUUAUUUUAUUUUUCCCGAGAAAAAAAUGCUUGCAUGAAAACUAAAAAACGUUAGAUAUAUAUUACUUUACGAUAUAUUUUAUACCGUAAUACUAAUAUUCCGUACUAAUAUUUCACUAAUAUAUUCCGUAAUAAUUUGA